UGUAAGUGUGCUGGAUGCACAGGAGGCAGGCGGAGUGUAUUCCUGUCCUGACUGCAGAGCGGAAUAUCCAGAGCGUCCGGCCCUGGAGAAGAACAGGAAGCUAAGUAAUAUAGUGGAGUGUUUCUUAUCUACUCAGCCUGAUAUGGAGAAGACCAGAACCUUCUGUAGUUACUGCACAAAGUCUCCUGUACCAGCUGUGAAGUCAUGUCUGCAGUGUGAGAACUCUCUAUGUGAUGACCACCUGACCGUCCACAACCAGACGAUGGAUCAUGUAUUAUCAGAACCCACCAGCUCCUUUGGAAUGAAAAAAUGUUCCAUCCACAAGAAGGUUCUGGAGUAUUACUGCCCGCAGGACGCGGCUUGUCUAUGUGUGUCUUGUUGUCUGUUCGGCAAGCACAGGGGACAUCAGGUGGAACAUCUAGGUGAAGCUUCAGAAAAGAAGAAGAAGAAACUGAGGAAAUAUCUGGAUAAACUAAACCCACAAAGAGCAGAAAUAAAUGCAAGUAUUCAGAGGCUGCACAAUCAUAAGGGGAAAAUCCAUGAGAAAGCCUCUGAGAAGAGGAAGAACAUCAAUAAGUUAUUUAUAAACAUUAAGGAGCAACUGGAAAUUGCAGAAAAGAAGGUUCUGAGCGAGAUCUCCAGGCAGGAGAUUAAGAUGGUGUCCCAGAUAGAUGAUCUGAUGAAGAAGAUGGAAAUAAAAGAGGACGAGCUGUCCAGGAAGAUGCAUCAUGUGGAGGAGAUGUGUCGUAUCACUGACCCAAUAAGACUCUUACAAGAAAGUGACAUUACAGUAUGUAGUCCUGGAGAGGAUGAGGACACAGGUGGAGAUGGUGGACAGACUAAUUCUGAGGAGGUGGGACUGGUCCCAGGACAAGCUGAAGUUCAUGUGUUUGAUAAUGAGACUGACCCAAAAACCGUCCUACAAGAAUCAGACCAAAGAGCAUCCCUUAGUGACAAGAGCGUGGUGACAGAAGAAGCUUCAGUCAGAGACGAUGAGAUGGCUGAUGAUCUGGAAGAUGUUCUGAUCUCAUCAAUUUUACACCGAUCUAUGAAGGAUGUUGUCACUUAUGUAACAUCAGAGUUCGGGAUCCAUGUUCCUGACAUACUGCUGGAUGUGGACACGGCUCAUACAGACAUGGGAUUAUCAGAAGAUCUGAGAACAGCAACAGAUUUGGACAUAAAUCAGGGCCGACUAAAAUCUCCAGGAAGGUUCCAGACAUACUGCCAGGUCCCUGAGUUGCUGCGGAAUUCGGAAGUCACAGCUGGCGGCAAUGUGGAGAACAGGAGCAUAAUCGGAGCUGAGUUGGCGCACGUGCCCUCUGGUGUUCAGGGAUUGGCACACCGCACAGAAGGAGUGGUUGGAGGAGGAGUUUAA